UGAGGCAGCAUGCGCCUUCCGGAAGCGGAUGCAAGGCAACUUCCACCCAAAACCUCAAGUUUUAAUUUCAGCACCUCUCGAGAAUGAGGAGGGUAUUUCCUGGUCAUUUCAUGUUCUCCACCCUUGCAUUCCUCGAAGACAGCACACAUUCUUUCGCAACAAAGCGCCACUCAUUCUCUUCAUCGUGUCUUGCAGCAUCACCGACUGGUGCCAUGCGCCCGCCUCGCGCAUUCUGACAUCGACAUGUUCAAUCCCAAGAGCGGUGGCAAGAAGCCAGUCAUCCGAAAGGAGACGGUCGUUGUCCCUGUCAAGAAGCAGCUCUCCAACGGCACCCACAGACCCCCACCCACCACCGCCGCGACGCCGGCAAAUCGUUUCAAGCUGUCGCAGAAGCCGUACAAAAGCAACGGCACGACAAAGUCUCCCACCUUGCGUGCACCCGUGCAGAAGGCAAUAGUCAAGGUGCAAGGGGUGAAGAGAAAGAGCAAUACCCCCGAUCGCGCUCUUUUCAGCAGCGAAGAUGAGGACGAUGACGAGGAUUCAAGCAAAGAUGGUUUGGACGGUCCGCAGAAGCGCAUCAAGACCAACGACGCCUUGACGCGAGGCACGGGGCCGGCGCGACAGCUGGUGGACGAGACUGCGUUUGGCGAGGAGAAUGCGCUUGACAUCAUCCAUGGCGCAGACUGCACUUCGGGGGAAUACGCCAGCAAAUACAGACCUCCUUGGGGUCAUGAUUUUUUCGAGACGCUGGAGCUACAGUAUCCCAGCAAUUCUGCGCGCGAGCGCUUCGAGCUCAAGUGGCCGAGGAAUGCGAAGGAGGACUAUAAGCCGAUGGAGGACAUCUCCGAGACCAUCCACAAGGUCGUCGAGUUCUAUUGCCCCGACGCGGCAGCAGAGGAGCUUGUGACGGACGGUGUGGAACUGGAGCGGCAGUUCAAGCGCGCUUGGAAUCAUGCAAGCAUUCCAGAGUUCAAAAGCAUCGUGGAAAAAUUCAACGCUCUCCUGUCUUCUCUCGUACAAGAUGGCACGAUUCAACGGCAGUUGGCAACCCGACGGCGACUCCCACUAUUGCUGGUGCAGAGGAUACUGGAUCAAAUUUAUGCCCGAGCGGUCUCGCCCAAAGUGGAGAGCUUACGUGCGUACGAGAACGGCACCGAUUACGUGUAUGGCGAGCUCUUCUAUGGGUUCUGCAGCUCCAUCUUUCAUCAGGUCGGGCUUCGUGAAGACCAGGUCUUUGUUGAUCUCGGCUCUGGGGUGGGCAACGUUGUGCUGCAGGCUGCGUUGGAGGUUGGCUGUGAAAGCUGGGGCAUCGAGUAUAUGAAGAAUCCGUGCCGACUGGCCGAACUCCAGGCCAAAGAGUUCCCCGCUCGCGCACGUCUCUUUGGCCUCAAGGUUGGCAAGGUCCACCUUCUGCAGGGGGAUUUCACUCGAAAUCAAGAGAUUGGUGACGUCUUGAAAAAAGCCGAUCUGGUCCUUGUGAACAACCAGGCCUUCACGCCAGCGCUCAACGACAAGCUACGCGACCUGUUUCUGGACCUCAAAACGGGCUGCAAAAUCGUCAGCCUCAAACCUUUCGUACCGGAAGGACACAAGAUUUCCAUGCGCAACAUUGGCUCGGUGGCGAACUUGUUUGUGCAGGAGAAGUUUGACUAUUUCUCCAACAGCGUGAGCUGGACCAACCAUGGGGGAAACUAUUACAUCGCCACGAAGGAUCCGCGGCAGUUGGAGAAGUUCUACCGCGACAGCGGAUCUCACUAGGGCCGAGUGAUGCAUGGAGAAAUGGGCUCCGACUAAUGUGGCAUGCUAGCAUUGUACCAACAAAGAAACCGACGUAAUGACGUGAGAUAGAUACAAGGACGAGCUGGCUCUCGUUCAGUAAUAGAGUAGAUUCAAGCCUCGCAUCGCAAGGCUCAAGUCAUGUCCACUCCCCAUACCAACCCUUCCGAAUCAUUUUUGAACUCCUCGGCGGGUAAAGUGGGGGAGCACCACAUCACCGGAGUGAUGGGCGGGUUCACUCUUGCAACUCUGUCCACACUCGCUCAACUAUGGGGGAAGAUGGCGAGCUCUAGCAUAUUUCAUUGCGUCUUGUUGUCGUCCCCGCCUGUCCUCUGCUCUGCCGCCAGUGUUCGAAGCGGAAGACAUGCACCUUACCUCUGAAGUUUGGGAAUGACACGUUCCAGGUAUUUCGUGCUCCCGCCGUUCACGUACAGCUGGAACAGACAUGCGGUGGUCGAAAGGUUUGUGUUAAGAGAAGA